AUACAAAAAGAAACCUUGAAAAGAUCGCACCAGUUGCCGAACAAUUGAGUUUGUCAAACUAUAUCCGACUGUCUCCACCAAGUCGCCUUAGUAUCGAUAUUUUCGAUACAUGAGUCAUGACACACAAAAAAAAAACACCAACGAAAACCAACUACUAACGACUCUAAUCAUUAUCGCCAGCACCUAGUAACCCUGCAUUUGGCUAUAAGAGAUUUUUAAGCUGGAACAGUACAUGUGCAGUAUUUGAGCAAACUUAGCUUUCUAGAAAGAUAUUAUAUAUUAGCCAAUUAAUCAAUGGAGGGCAUACUUAAACUUGGAUCAGUAGAACCAGGCGACAAAUUGGGCUAUGAUUUUCAUCAAGCUGCAAGAAAUGGAAAUAAAAGAAGAUUAAGAAAAAUUAUUGACAAAGGUAUUCAUGUUGAUUAUCCAAAUAGUCUGGGACAGUCACCUCUGUUUUGUGCAUGUUAUUUAGAUGAAGAAGCUGUUUUGAAAGAACUUAUGAAAUUUGGAGCAAAUCCUAAUGAGAGAAGUAACAAUGGCAUGACACCUGUGCAUGUUGUUGCAUACACAUGUAAUUUGAGCAUAAUGAAUGAACUGUUAGCUGCUGGUGGAGAUUUAAGGUUGCAUGAUUCUACUGGAAGAUCAUCUAAAGAAUUUGCAUUUCUACAGCCAGAACAGAAAAAAAGAAUGAAAAUGUUGGAGUUCUUAGAGAAGACAAGACUUUUUGCUUUGACAAAGUCAGGAAGGGAUCUUAGAGCUUCUUUGAAUGGACCACGUCAUAACCAUAGAAUUACCUCCAGAACAAGUUCUGUAAUAAAAUUGAUAAGAGAUAAAAUCACAGGAUACAGCAGUGUGAACUUAGAUCAUCAGAUGAAAAGUUGUCAGAGUAUGGGAUUUGGAAAAGUAUAUCAAGAUGGAGACAGUUUUAGUGGUAUAAUAUGUACUUUGCCAUUAGUUAGUGAGAAUUUACUGAAGCAUGAUUCCCAUGGACUGUCAUUUAAUAAUGGUGCUUUUAUGGUUAUGGAAAGUAUGAUAUGGAAAAAUACAAAGAUUACAGUUAAAAGAUUACACAGAGAGGCUGCCCCUGGUGGCGAAGUAGAUUUAUUAAUUACAGAAGCUGAAUACAUUGGUAAACUAAGACAUCCCAAUAUUCUUAUGUUAAUGGGUGUAUGUCAGACCAACAAUUUAGAAAAUAUGGUGUUACUGUUUGAAAGAAUAGACGAAGGUUCCUUGUAUGAAGUUCUUCAUCAAAAGCUAGAAAGAUUGUCCAGUAGCCAUAUUCAUGACAUAACAUAUCAGAUCAGCAGUGCCUUGGUUUUCCUGCAUGAACAGAAUGUUAUCCAUUGUUUUGUGACAUCACAUGCCAUCAUGUUGGUGAAUCCACAUUGUGCUAAACUGGCCAACUUUGAAUAUGUUGUAGACUGUGAAAAAGUAGAUGUUGGACUUAAAAGUUUUGUGAACCAGAACAUGUACCAAAAUGUGGCUUACAACUGGAUGGCCCCAGAGAUCAUGAAUGCAAGCUCUCCUUCAAUGGCUUCAGAUGUCUAUAGUUUUGCUGUGGUCAUUUGGGAAAUGUUUCAUGGUGAAGUUCCUUGGGGUAAAUUAGACACAGAAACUGUUCAUUACAAAAUACUUAAGGAGAGAGAACAGUUAGAAAUAGAGACUGACAGAAUACCAGAGGCUUUUAUGUUGAUUUUAAAGCAUUGCUUACAAUUAGACCCACUUCAUCGUAAAUUACAGAUGUAUAAUAUCAGGAAUAUUCUCACCAUACCUAAACAGAAUGUAUUACAAUAUAUGGAAAGUUUAUUGAACAUUGAGGAAGUAAAGAAAACUUCAAAAACUGUUAUCAAACCUGCUAGACCUCCAAAGACCUGGGAAACAUCUCAAAGUAACACACCAAGGGAUCAAAGAAACAUUAACUCCCCAUCACCUAGAAGACAGGACAGGUCUAUAAGUAAAUCACCUAGAGCUGAAUCUACUCCCAGAAGAUUGCUUGAAGAUGCUCAUCACAAGGAAAUGAGGUUCAACAAUAACCAGUCCAGUAAACUUCCCAUUUCUCCUGAUUAUCUGCAGGAUGACAGACUUCCCAUUUCUCCUGAUUAUCUGCAGGAUGACAGAUUAAGAUUUGUGGACAGAAUGAAAUUCAAUCAUAAAGAUUUAGACUGGGAAUUGAAAGAAGAACAACAAGGAAAAGAUUACUACUACACUGUCAGAGUAAACAAAGACGAUGAACAGAAGUUCUCUCUCCCAUUGGAAAGAGAGGAGGAACAGAAGUUUGUUGCCCCAUCAGAACAGAGUGAAAGUGAGGCUGGUAGUUCUGUCAGUGAGCAUGUUAACCAUGGUAACAGAUCCCUUGCUACAAAGUUCAGCUAUCUGAAGGUACAGCAGCAAUGUUUGAGUCCCCCUGGUAAAUGUGUCAAACCUGCUAGUCACUGUAUAGAUCCCAAGUUAGAAUGUGCCCCUGAGAAGAAGUUAUCUACUGCUGGCAGUGUGUAUGCUCUCUAUAACAUGGACUAUCAGACACCACAGAAAAUUACACGAGAUCCUAGAACUCCAUUAUAUAAUACAAUGCCUAGAAAGAGGCAAAAAAUGUCUGUUCAGACACCAGAAAAUACAGAACUUGGUCCUUCAGUUAAAGAUUGGUAUGGUGGUAAUGGUAGUGUUAAAGAUUUGGUGAAUUUAUAUCAGAAACAGGUCAACGAGCAUUCAUUUCAGCAAGAUUUACUCAAAGGAAAGCUUUCUACUGUUGAUAUCGGCCUUCAUCAUCAGGUUCAAUCUAUUUAUCCUAACAUACAGAACAUCAGUCCUUGUUGUAGUCCAGAAAACUGCAACAAUCAAGGACUUAGAGUUUCUAAAGAACCUAGACGUCAAUCUGAUGAAUGUGAAAUAACCAAUUGCAGCAGUCUUACAACAGUUUCUCCUGAGGAGUGCAAGGAUAAAAAGGAUUCUAGUGGUCCUGAUUCUGAUGAAGUGUCGGACUGGAUUGAUAAUGAAUUGUUUAGAAUACAAAGCACUUUAUCACAAGAAGUCUUUGAAGCAUUAGAUGAAAAGAAGCAAGAAAACAUGAGUCCACUUUUGUUUGAUGAUGAGAGAAUUACACCAAGCACAUCUCAGAAGAAACCAAAAUCAAAAAAGAAAAUCCAGAAUAAAAAGAAACUUCAGUAUGAUGUAGAAGAGUUCUAUAUUGAUGAUGAAAUAAAUCCCGAUACACAUAAAUUAAGUCAUAAGCCCCCAGAAUAUAGAAGUACCAGUUCAAAGAAAAAGCAUCCAGAUUAUAUUAAACCACUCAGGGACCAGUACCACAAAUCAGAAGACAAAAGAGUUGUUGAAAUAAAACAGAAAUCGGCUUCUUUAAAAGAUGACUUCUAUAGUAAAGAAAAAAAGAGAAUUAGUAAACAAUCAGAAAAUCAACAAUGGCAAUCAUACAAUGAUAGCUAUAACCCAAAUUAUACCCCAAAUUACAGCAAAAGGGAAGAGUUUUUCAGACAGAACACUCCCAGGCAACCAGACUACAAACAUAAACAGUAUGAUAGUGAUAUAAGCUCAGAUUCAAUGAAGUUGGAAAACUCCAGAAAUAAACAGCUGAAGAAACUGCAUACAUCCUUCCAUUCUGUACCACAAUGUUACAAUGAAUCAGGCGAUGCUAAAAUCUACUCACAGGAAAUUGAUGAAGACACUUAUCCAAGAAUUAUAGCAGUGACUUCAGAGACAGAUCAACAGAAGUUAAAGAAUAAAGUGGAUGAGAGAGCAGCAUUUGCCAGUACUGUCAUUGUUGAAACCAGUACCAUAUAUCCUGACCAGCAUAGAGUCACACACACCCUUACAGAUUUGGCUGAUGGUACAACUAGUACACUGUAUGGCAAAAAUGUCAAAGCUUCAAGACUUUUGUCAGCUAUGAUUACUCAGUAAAUUAAAAAUGUAUCACUGAAGCAACUGGUAAAAAGUUUAAGAAUUGUCAGUAUCAGAAACAGAUAUAUACUUUUUGUGUUCAAGCAUAUACCAAAUGUGUAUUUUAUUAGCAGGCAUACUCCCAAGUAUGUACCAAUUAUGAUCAAUCUUCUGUACAAUAUUGAUCUAUCUGAUUAUAAUCAGUUCUUUCACUUGCUCUGUAAGAUUUGUUGGUAGCUUGUGUGAGACGUGGAAAAAUCCCAUAAGGGGUUAUAUUUUAUUUCUUGUUUUUGGGAUGUUUUCAGAUCUUACACAUGCUACAAAUCAAAUAAAGCAAUGUGAAAUAUCUAAGAUUGAACAUUGAUCAUAUUUUAUGGAGUGUUGUGUUCAAAUUACAACCUAAAGCCCAUACUUUUUAGAAUUUAUGUAUAUACAUUGUUGAUGUGCAACUCACCUCCGUUAUUAUUUAUUGACAUAUAAGUUUAGCAUAUUUGAUGUUCUAUAAGUUAUAAAGCAAAGAUUUAAAAGAAGUCUUAUGAUAUUAACCCAGUACAGUAUACAUACACUUAUAUCUGUAGAUAUUUUUGUUGGAUUUAUUGCUGUCUUAUU